GCCUAUGCUCUUGGCAGAAGCAGAAAACUCGCAGCCAGCAACAUCUUCUCCAAGGAAUUUCCUGCAAAGAAAGGGAAAGUUCUCCAGACCAGAGUUCAUCCUGUUGGCUGGAGAGGCCCCAGUGACCCUACAUUUACCUGGAUCCAUUGUGACCAAAAAGGGGAAAUCCUUCUUGGCUCUCAGAGACCUCUGUGUGGUCUUGCUGAACGGACAGUGUCUGGAGGUGAAGUGUGACAUGGAGUCCACAGCAGGAGCUGUCUUCAAUGCUGUCAUGUCCUUUGCCAAUCUUGGGGAGACCACCUACUUUGGCUUGGCUUAUGUGAAAGGUGAAGAGUUCUUUUUUCUGGACAAGGACACUAGAUUGUGCAAAGUCGCCCCAGAAGGCUGGAGAGAGCAGCACCCGAAAGGUUCCGUGGACACUUUAACACUCUUUCUGCGGAUAAGGUUCUUUGUCAGUCACUACGGGCUGCUCCGGCACAGCCUGACAAGGCAUCAGUUUUACCUGCAGCUUCGGAAAGACAUUUUAGAAGAGAAACUGUAUUGCAAUGAUGAGACACUGCUGCAACUGGGGGUCCUUGCCCUGCAGGCUGAGUUCGGGAGCUAUCCUAAGGAGCAGGUGGAGGGCAAAGCAUACUUCCGAAUUCAAGAUUACAUCCCGGCAAGGCUUAUUGAGAGGAUGACAGCGAUCCGGGUCCAAGUAGAAGUCUCAGAAAUGCACCGGCUCAGUUCUGCGCCGUGGGGAGAGGAUGCUGAGCUGGAGUUCUUGGAGAUUGUUCAGCAACUCCCAGAAUAUGGAGUCCUGGUUCACCGUGUUUCCCCAGAGAAGAAGAGACCAGAAGGGAAAAUGGCUUUGGGGGUCUGCACCAAGGGCAUCAUCAUCUAUGAAGUCAGAGGCAGUUGCAGAAUUGCAACAUCCCAGUUUCCAUGGAGAGAAACUGGGAUGAUUUCAACUCAUAGAAAAAAGCUCACCAUCACCAGCAGCACCACUGGGAAGAAGUACACCUUUGUCACCGAUUCAGCCAAGACCUGUAGAUACUUGCUGGGCCUCUGCUCUUCCCAGCACUGGUUUAAUGCACAGACGGGCUCUAAGCGUCCUUCCCAUCUUUUUACUGGUCAGGAUACGUUUGCACAAAUAGCCAGCUUGAGUUCUGCACACCAGACACAAGCCAAUCCUAUCACUUGGAUUCAGAAACUGUCCUGCUCAGAAAAUGAGUUGUGUGUACCCAAGUUGCAAGAUGCCACAGGAGGCAAACUGGGCCCAUCCAUGGAGAACAAGCAAGGUAGCAAGGAGCCCGGGAUGGAGAGAAUUGGAAGCAGCCCAUACACUGGUGGAGAGCAGCUGCACAGCAUCGGUUUGAACCAGAAGCCAGCUCAUACUCUCUUCGGAACAGCUGGUCGCAGCAUGUGUGCAGGGUCACAGAACAGCAAGAGGAAGGGCUUUACGGGAGAACCCAACCAAGAUAUCGUGUGUGUGAUGCUGAAGCGGGAUCCAGUUCAUGGCUUUGGUUUUGUCAUUAACGAGGGAGAAGAUGCAGAGCAAACAAGGCCCGGCAUUUUCAUAUCUUCCCUUAUACCUGGGGGACCGGCAGAAAGAGCUAAAAAGAUCAAACCAGGAGGAAAGAUACUAGCCUUGAAUCACAUCAGCCUGGAGGGCUUCACAUUCAGCAUGGCUGUUCGAAUGAUCCAGAAUUCUCCUGAUGACAUGGAAUUAAUAAUUUCUCAGCCAAAAGGUGUUUGUGGGACCAUCUACAGUGAAGAAAAGAAUAGUACAGCAAGUUCUGGCAUGUUCUGUACGGACAUCCUGAGCGACAGGUGCCAGGGAAGACAGUCAGCACACACACAUGACCAGGACAGAAAUGCUGGUAGCAUGGGUGCUGGCUCUUGUCCUCCAUCCCCUCUACAAACCGACUCUGGUGAAAUCUACUUCGUGGAGCUGGUGAAAGAAGAUGGAACCCUUGGAUUCAGCGUGACUGGUGGCAUUAAUACAAGUGUGCCUCAUGGAGGAAUCUAUGUGAAAUCUAUCAUUCCUGGAGGCCCAGCUGCCAAGGAAGGACAGAUCCGACAGGGAGAUCGACUACUGCAGGUGGAUGGAGUGAGUCUAUGUGGCCUUACUCACAAGCAGGCUGUGCAGUGUCUCAAGGGUCCUGGGCAGGUGGCACGGCUGGUCUUAGAGAGAAGAGGCCCCAGGGCUGCACCACAAUGUCCUUCUGCUGAUGACAAGAUGGGAGAUGUGCACAUGGCUGUUUCCCUGGUAACAGCCAGGCCUGGCAGACCUGCGAGCAGUGUCUCAAUAACAGAUGGUCCUAAGUUUGAAGUCAAACUGAAGAAGAACAGCAGCGGUUUGGGAUUCAGCUUCGUGCAGAUGGAGAGAGGAAAUUGCAUCCACAUGAAGAGCGACCUUGUGAGGAUUAAGAGGCUCUUUCCCGGGCAGCCAGCUGAAGAGCACGGAGCCAUUGCAGCUGGUGACAUUAUCCUGGCCGUGAAUGGCAAGACCAUAGAAGGCCUCGCUUUCCAGGAAGUGCUCCAUUUAUUGCGAGGGGCUCCAGAGGAAGUGACGCUCCUCCUCUGCCGACCCCCUCCUGGGAUACUGCCUGAGAUUGAGCCUGGAUGGCAGACCCCUGAACUAUCAGGAGACCAAAGACUCACCAUGGCAACCUGUGCUGGAUCAGAGCAGAGCCCCAGCCUGGAUCAAGAAGACAACUGGAGGGACAGUACCUCUCUGGAUGCAGAAGGUCUGAAUCCAAGGCCAGAGUCUUUCUACAAGGCUGUUAGACAGGUGAAGGGGAACAGAGAAAAAGAAAGGCCUUGGGCCAAGUCCUUGAUGCAUCCCAUGGAGUCCCACCCUCAUGUAUGUAAACUCCACCCAGAACCAGAGACACCAGCACUGGCCACCUCUUUGGAAAAGGAUAUGAGACAAAACUGCUAUUCCGUGUGUGAUAUCAGGAGACUGGGAAGAUUUUCCUUCUCAUCUUCUCUAACAAGAUUAGCAACAGACAUUUUCUGA